AUGUCUGCGAUAUACCAGUCGUCUAGGGUUGUUGGAUGUAGGUUUGCGUUUGUACAAAGGCUGGGUCCGCAUCUCUUUUCUUCUUUCGUUGUUGAAAUUCCCCUUUACCACUUUGCUAUUACCUUUUAUCCUGUAUUUUAUCCUCAGUGA